GAUCCCUCACACUGCUCAUGUUCCCCAUCUGAACACCGCCCUUCCCUCAGCUCCCUCAAACACGGAACAUUCAGUCCACUUUCAUUUUCACUGUUUUGUUUUAUUCGUGUUAUUUAUCGCGGUUCUGGAGAGAAUUCUGUCAGGAGAAACAGCACUACAGGAUCCUGUGAAGCGGUUCCAGCAUCAUCCGUGGACACAAAGUUCUGUGUGAGUGUUUCUUAUGCACAGUGUUUCACGCAGACAUCGACUCAACUUGGAAUAAAACUGGACAGAAUGGAGUUCGUGUGAGGGUUUUGUAGAGAGUGAAGGCUCCUUGCUUCUGAUGAUGGGCUGUGUGGAUCAGGAUGGAGAUGAGGCUCCUGUUGAUGCCUGCAGGUUACUCACACUUCACCGAGAGGUUUUAGUGGAGCAGGUGAAAAAUACACAGUGCAUUUUAGACAAUCUGAAGAUGAAUGGCUUCAUCUGCAAUGAAGACAUCGAGAUCAUCCAACGUUCACCCACUAAAACAGAGCAGGUGCGUAAAAUUUUGGAGUUGGCGCAGAGUAAAGGCGAAGAGGCCUCUGCGUAUUUUAUUCACAUUCUGCACCAGGCGUAUGAUGCAUUCAUCGACCUUCGGCCUUGGUUUAAUGCAAUUCACUACAAACCUGUCAAGUGUGUGAAGGACAUCCCUGUGAUCAACACGGACCCCAUUAGCAGAUACAGUGAGAAACUCAGGCAGGAACUUGGCAGAGACACUCAGUUCCUCACCUCAUACUCUCAGAAGGAGGAGACACGACUGGAAGACUUUUACACAGAUACACAGAUGGAAAUCCUGAAUGAGCGAGGAGAGAGUCUGGGCUUCCUGAAGAGUCUGGAUGAGAUUCUGGGGGAAGAAGGUGUGUUUAACCAGCAGGCUGAGACCAUCUUUAUUAUGGGUGAUGCUGGAGUGGGAAAAUCCAUUCUGCUUCAGAAACUCCAGAACCUGUGGUCCAAAAGAGAGCUGAACACCAGAGCAAAGUUCUUCUUCACAUUCAGAUGCAGGAUGUUCAGCACCUUUAAGGAGACUGAUGAGAUCUCACUGAAGGAUCUGAUAUUCAAACACAAUUGUUAUCCAGAUGAAGACCCUGACAGCGAGGUGUUCAGUUACAUCCUGCGAUUUCCAGAGUCUGUACUUUUCACAUUUGAUGGAUAUGAUGAAAUCCAGAUGGACUUUGAUUUAGAAAACGUGCCAGAGGUGGUUUCUCCUGAGGAAAGGACCCACCCACUUUUAGUUCUCAUGAACCUGUUGAGAGGAAAAUUGCUCAAAGGUUCCAGAAAAAUCCUAACGGCUCGAACCGGCACAGAAAUCCAGAGCAGAGUGAUCCGGAAGAAAGUGUUUCUGAGAGGUUUCUCACCAGAACAUCUCAAACAGUAUCUGUCUCAUCAUUUUCCCAUGCAGGAGCAGAGGGACAUGGUGUCUGUGCAGCUGGAUGCAAACCCUCACCUCUGUGGUCUCUGCUCUUUCCCAUUGUUCAGCUGGAUCAUUUUCAAGAGCUUUAAGCACCUCCAGAGUGUGUACGAUGAUGUUGAGCUGCCGGACUCAUGCAUCACUCUCACUAACAUCUUCCUCCUGCUAUCAGAGGUGUUCCUGAGCCGGAGCAGUAAAAGUGCUGGACUCCUGAAGAGAAGCACACGCUGCACCGCAGACACGUUUAAAUCAGGGUUGAAGAUGCUCUCUGCCUUCGCUAAGCUUGCACUACUGGGUCUGGAAAAGAGUAGCUUCAUUUACACCCAUGAUGAGGUAACAUCUUGUGGCCUGAGCGAUGACGAGGUACAGGUUGGAUUUCUGAGACCCAUCAGUCAUUAUGACGCAUGUGGCACUUUGGCAACAUACGAGUUUCUCCAUGUGACACUGCAGGCAUUUCUGGCUGCCUUUUGUCUCAUCUUGGACCUGCACGUCACUCCUGAUGGGAUCCUGAGGUUCUUCUCUAAAUGUGAAUACCAUAAGACAUCCCAUUUGACCUGCCUGUCCUGUUUGGGGACGUUGUCUCAUCCAAGAAAUUCAGAUCCCUUUCAGACAAAUGAGCACUUUCAAUUCACAAACCUCUUCCUGUGCGGCCUCCUUUCCAAAUCCAACGCUGUCCUCCUGGAGCACCUUGUUCCUCCAGCAUCCCUGAAGAAAAAGCGCACAGCUCUGAAGUCCUACCUUUCUUCCAGCGUAAAGACACACCUGAGUGGCUUGCCUCGCUACCCAAGCACUGACAUCAAGGGAAAUAAAGUGCAUGUGAUGCCAAACUUCCUGUGGAUGUUGCGCUGUAUAUUUGAGACACACAGCGAGGACGUGGCUCGUCUCACAGCUAAAGGAAUCUCAGCAGAUUACCUCAAACUGGCGUACUGUAACAUCCACUCAGCAGACUGCAGUGCUCUCAACUUCGUCCUUCAUCACCACAGGAAGUGUUUAGCAGUCGAUCUGGACAACAACAACAUAAGUGACUAUGGUGUGAAACAGCUCACUCCUUCCUUCAGCAAAAUGACUGUAGUCAGGUUUUCCGUGAACCAGCUGACUGACAGCAGUGUGGAAGUUUUGGCUACAGAACUCAUCAAACAUAAAAUUGUUAAGGUUUUGGGACUUUAUAAGAAUUACAUCACAGAUGUCGGAGCCAAACUGGUGGCACAGAUCAUCGACGAGUGCCCUCACCUCACCACCGUCAAGCUCGGGUGUAAUCAUAUUACAGCCGUGGGUGCGACGUUUCUUGCUGAAGCUAUUCGGAAAAGUAAAUCGAUCUUCGAAGUUGGCAUGUGGGGGAACAGCAUUGGAGACGACGGUGCUCAUGCUUUCGCUGAGGCGAUAAAGAACCACAGCAGUUUAACAAAUCUCAGUUUGUCGGCAAACGGGAUCACUUCUGAGGGAGGAACAAGUUUAGCGAGAGCCCUAAUGCUAAAUUCCAGCCUUCACAUCUUCUGGCUGAUUCAAAACAAGAUCUCAGAUGAUACAGCGGUGGAGCUAGCCAAAGCGCUUCAGAAGAAUUCAGCGCUCACACACCUUAUGUUAAUUGACAAUCAGUUUUCUGCUCGUGGAGUUGAAAAGCUCACUGAAGGUCUGAAACACAACACAACAAUUAAAGAAGUCAAUUUAAAGGGGAAUCAGAUUAGUGCAGAGGACGAGACACGCUUCAGGGAGGAGAAAAGACUUCGAUUCUGCUGAGAGAUUAAAAACCCUCUGAACCCAACUGAUGAAAAUUACAUCCAAAUUCAUAUACCCUAUUCUCGGGUGAAUUUCUCAUGAAGUGUUGGAUACACUCUGCGUCCAUCUCCACACACCUUACUCUUGCUUUAAUUGUGAACUCUUCACUGCAUAGAUAUGAAACACAUCUCAAGAAAGGGCAAAACCAGAGCUCUGUACAGAACCUGUACAUACUGAAGUAAUCACAUUAUGAAAUCAGAUCAAAAGUCUACAAAAUAAUAUCUUUCCUCAUUUCUUCACCCGUUUUCAGACUCCCGCUUCUCAGUUGAAUAAAUCACAAAGUCCAUAUUCACUUCACAACGUACCACAUAUCAAAAUAUCACUGGAAAUUUCUGCUGUUUAUGAGUCAUUUCUCUGUGCAGCAAAGCUUUGUCGAGUAAACCAGUUUUGCAUUCACAGCAAAUAAAACAAUGACCUUUUUCCCCGUUAGGCACGAAGCACAUAUUUUUGCAAAUUGCUAAGUCACAGAGUUUCCCACCAUCGUGGUUCUAAUAUUGCCAGAUUUCAGUCAAUCUUCCCUCAGUUUUACUUAACAGUGUGUGCCUACAUGCAAUCUGAAUUAUUUAAACAACAUUUCCACCAACUGACUCAUUCAACAGUGAAUUUCCACCAACAGACUCGUAUCAUUUCUCUUCUUGGGCCCUCGUCAAAGCGCCCCAGAAGUGCAGUGAAAUAGCCAAUCGUGUAUGGUUGCUAGGGAAAAAUGAUAAAUAUUUGGCCAAUCAGCAUCACCGAAUUUAAUGGUUUUGGGGCGCUGGAAAUUUCGCCCCUGCUACAGAAAAUGUAUCUCUCUCUCUCUCUUUUUGGUUAGAGGUGAUGUUCAAAAGUAGACUUUUGGUUCGUACUGGACAAUAAUCACAUCUUUCUUGUCAUAGUUUGUAUUCACAACAAGUGUGUCAACACUGUGUUUCACUCCCUCUCUCUCUCUCUCGUUUCACAGAAAUACACCGAGCUCAGAACACACACCUCAUUUCAUAGUCACUCUCUCACACAGAAAUCUUACACUCACCUGAGAAUCACACACACCACCUCUCUCUCUCUCUCUCUCUCUCUCUCUCACUCAUUCACACUCACUCUCUCUCUCACACACACACUGUUGAUUUGUAUAGAUUCAGCUGAAAUCAUUCCCUUGCUGUAAACGUCUCUCAAUAACUUGAGUAUUGUAUUGUAUUUGAUACCGUUCCUUUUCAAAGCAUAAAUGGAGCCUAAUCUAGCUGUAAAUUGUUAAUUUACUUUGUGAAACUGCUGAUUUUGAGAAGGAAAUUAAAUUAUUAUUGUGGAA